AUGGCCCGAGCUUUUCAAGGUAGCAUUCUUGCCGACCACAAGCAGUUUGUAGUUGGCAUCGUUAAUGCAUCCGUACAUCGUCUUCGGGAUUACGAAGACAUACUGGCCGAUUUGCCACAAGGACGAAGGCCUACAGAACUGUCAGAAUCGGACCGGAAACAGGUCAGAAUUGUGUCAGCCAAAAAGCAAGCAUGUUGCUCAGUCUUGCGAGCUUUCUCUGAACUGGAUUCUAGCCUCCUCCGCUCGCACUGUCAGUCAUUGGCCCCAAUCAUCAAGGGGAUGCUAGACGGGGUGAUAUCACAUUCAGACCUAGGAUGCGUCGACUGUGUGUUGCAUAUUCUUGAGCUAGCGGUUGGUGCACAUGGGGAUUGGGAUGUUGAAUUUUUGGAAGAGCUUAUGCGUGAUGUGGAGCAUAUCGUUUGUACGUCCCCAGUACAGAUUGUAGAAGAGGCUGCAGUGCGCUGCUUGUGUGUCGUGACGCACAAGUCUGCUUCGGCCGAAGCAUCAGAAUCUCUGGAGCGCACCACAAGGAAUUUCAUGAGCUUCUUGAAUUCUGAGAAGGACGCUAUUGAAGAAUCUGCAAGAGUGGCCAUCACGGCCACCCAAAGUACUAACCUUCAGGAGUACGUUCAGCUCGCGGAUAUACCCCGCUUGUCGCCACUGGAAAAGAAUUCGCGAUGUGCCCUAGUCAGACUUGGGCUGUUGAUUCGAUUUGGAGACUUCGCUGAAGAGCUCGUCUCAGAAGCGUACGACACGAUAGAGUCGAUUUGUGAUAUGCUUUGCACAUCAUUCCCUAGUCAUACGCUCGCGCGGUCAUCCGUCAGGGCGCUCACUCAUGUGCUAAUUCGGCAUCGAAGUCUCCUCGCGAAGGGGACGCGAGUUCUGGUAUCGGCAUUGGAAAAUUCGAACCUCUCUGCUCCAGCCAAUGGAAACUUUUCGAGUUCUGGAGAUGGAUUGGCGCUCUGUGUUCUGGAAGGCUUCCGUGAGCUGCUGCGAGAUGAAGAAGAGCGCAAUUCCAGAAGCAAGAUUAUUAAAGAGGAACAAAAGAAGACCAGCACAAAGGCAGCGAAUCGAAAAGGGGAGAAGCCGAAAUGCGCUGUUUCUGCAGAGCAAGAGUCCACGGCAAUACGCGAAGACGUCCAGCAGCCUCAGCUGGGUGCCGAAGAAGACGCGGAGGCUGGGUAUCUCGCGCUAAGCGCCCAGACUAUGAUUGCGCGGUUAGAGACAGCUGUGCACAGCGCGGCCCGCCCAGUCCGGCAGGUUGUUGCGCACAUUCUUGGACUCCUGGUUCGACAGGGCCUUGUUCUUCCGGCCACAGUGAUACCCAGCCUGUUUUGCUUACUCUUAGACGGAGACCCAUCUUGCCGCGAGUUUUCUUAUCGUGUGAUUUCAUUCUUGGCUGACCGUCAUUCUGACAUGCUCGCAUCAGCUGCUCUACCCGGGCUUCGCCGCUGUUUCGAGUCAUCCUUCGCUGUGCGAUAUGGUCGCCCACCCCUGGUAAAGGAGAGUGAGGUUCCAGGUGAGUCUCUUUACACAGUGGAGAGAAUACUAAAAAUGGCUGCGGAUGAAAAGAGUGGACAAUCGUUAUUGUCUCAGGCGAUCAUGUCCAUGCGAAAAGAUAAACGCCGUGGUGUGUUGGAGAGUCUCAUUCGCGAGUUCGAUCCACGCAUAUCUGUACGCAAGAAAUCAUCGAAACGGACGAAAAACGAGGUUUUCGCGGUACACCGGGAAAACGGACUGUUUGAAGCAUCAACGCUUGACACAGAGGUGGCUCCUCAUGCAAUAUCUGAGGUGGAUGAUAAGGAUGAUGACGUCAUUCCAGCUGAAACCGGUGAAAUAGACAUCACGAUAUCAGGAAGGCUUUGCUCGAUACCGACUCUAUACUUUUUUGCCGCAACUAUGGCAUCCAUCGAUUACACAGAUGGAGCUGGAGUCGGGGGUUCACUUACGCAAGGAGGAGGAACGGCGGCAGCGGAUUCGAAACUGAAGUAUGCGAAAGAGGAAGUCAGUCACCUCGUAGGAGUUGCAACGAGAAUUAUCUCGAACAGCGGGCAAGCUACACUUCAUGCGGCGGGCUAUGUGAGACGACGUGAGUAUCAGAAUGGGCAUGCUGCCUCUCUAGAAAAGAGAGACCUUGUUUUGCAAAGCGCUGCCCGGAUCUCGUUGUUGUUGCUUUUGAAGAAGCAUCUGAAGGUCACUCGGUUUAUGCCAGUUGUAGACACAGUGGAAACGGAUAGCAUCGCUCAAGGGCCAUAUGGAAUGCCACCUUUCCAUCCAGUCGGUGCAAUGCACCAAGCUUUUGUGGAUGCCAAUCGUGCUGGGUAUGACAGUGCACAGGCAGAUGCCCUUUUCAAUUUAUUCAGUACCUUAAUGCGAGAAGACGCGAUCGACGAAGCCGAUGUCACCUUGGCUUCUCGAGUUGGAAGAGGUGCGCGCGGAAGUGCGAAAAGGGCAGUUACGAAACGCGUUCGCUCCAAACAUGGAGAACGAGGAAAUAGUGAACCGCGAAGGAAGAGACCUGGUCGCCAAGCCGCGCAAGAUGCAUCAAGGAAAUUUCGCGUCGACUUAGACGAGUCUGAAUGAACCCAGCAUAUGCCUUGUUGCAUCAAAAUCGAAGAGGAUUAUCUAUGUCGCCGUUUUCAGACCUCACUGAAGUGUUUGUCCAGCUCCGUUUGGGAUAGCAUAACGCUUAAGGAAUAUGCCUCACUGCGGACACGUUAAGCAACAACAUCCAAAGUGCUCCAUGUGAAUAUAUAAAAAUAGGGCACGCCUUGGCCAUUAUUCA